UAAUGAGAGGGUUUCUGAAGCCAGAGGGCAUCACCCAUUCCUGCUUUGCACAUUCCCAGAACCCAAACAGCGUCCAGCAGAGAACUUGCCCGGGUUUAUAAAAACAAAGCCGGAGCAGGUCACAUCGUCCCCACCCCCUGGGAGCCCAUGAGAGUCCUCCGGUGCGGCUGGGCCUGGGGUUGAUCUGUUCUACUUUGCCAGCAUUUCUGAGGGGUGGAGCAUUUGGCCAUCUCUCUGUUUCCAGAACUGUUUCAACUUCCUCCUGGAGCAACCACUUCCCUGCACUAAUCACAACUUUUCACAGAGGAGAACACCAGACAGUGUGAGAAUUGUCAGCUGGUAAAUGUCCCCCCCGAAAGAUCCAAAAAAAUGAAAUUUCCAGCAAAGAUUCUGUGGCUUAUGUUAUGGACUGUUUGCGUAGCACAAGAUUGUACCGUGCCUCCCCCACGAAGACAGACCGAGAUUCUGAUAGGCUCCUGGUCUGAGCAAAACUACCAGGAGGGCACGAAGGCCACCUACAAGUGCCGCCCUGGCUACCGGACGUACGGCCUGAUCACCAGGGUGUGCAAGGAAGGCGAAUGGGUGGCCCUUAACCCGUCAAAAACAUGCCAAAAAAAGCCCUGUGGCCACCCUGGAGAUACUUCCUUUGGUUCAUUCGAACUCGUCGUAGGAAAUGCAUUUGAAUACGGUGCCAAGGUAGUUUACACAUGCGAUGACGGGUACCAAAUGAUAGGUGACAUUGAUUUCCGUGAAUGUGAAGUAGAUGGAUGGACCAAUGACGUUCCUCUAUGUGACGUUGUUAAGUGUUUACCAGUAACAGAGCCACAGAAUGGGAAAAUUAUCAGUGGUGCAUUCGAACAGAACCAGGAAUACACUUUUGGACAAGUGAUCGCAUUUGAGUGUGAUUCAGGCUUCAAGCUCAAUGGACCAAAAGAAAUACAUUGCUCAUCGAAUGGCAUUUGGAGCGGAGAAAAGCCAGUUUGUGUGGGAAUUUCCUGCGAAGUACCAAAAAUUGCAAAUGGAGAAGCUAUAUCUACUAAGAACUCUUAUAAGGAAAAUGAAAGACUUCAAUACAGAUGCCGCGAGGGUUAUACUUACAGUGACAGGGCAGAGGCUGUUUGCACCCGGGAUGGUUGGGCUCCGUCCCCGUCAUGCAUAGAAGUUACAUGUGAUCCUCCAAGAUUUGCAAACAGUCACUACACUCCUGACAGGACCAGGUACAGACUGGGACAUGUAAUCACAUACGACUGUAAAAGUGGCUUCUAUCCCCCACCCCGAGGAAAUACUGCAAAAUGCACUCCUAUAGGCUGGGAUCCUCCUCCAAGAUGUAGCUUUAAGCCCUGUGAAUAUCCCGAAAUUAAACAUGGACGGCUGUAUAGGGAAGAUAGCUAUAGAUCAUACUUUCCAGCACGUGUAGGACAAUGGUUUUACUAUUCCUGUGAUUACAACUUCGUGCCUCCUUCAAAAGAAACCUGGGGUCGCAUUACUUGCACAACACGAGGAUGGUCACCGGAAGUGCCCUGCCUCCGAAAGUGUGUUUUCAACUAUUUGGAACAUGGAGAUUAUCCAUAUUAUCCACAAACUCACCUCCAGGGCGCAUCUGUCCUGGUGAACUGCCACCGUGGCUUCAGUCUCCAAGACCAGCAGACUACCAUGACCUGCACAGAGGGUGGCUGGUCCCCUCCGCCCAGAUGCAUGCGUGUCGAAAUGUGUUCAAAAUCAGAUGUAAAAAUUGAGAAUGGAUUCAUUUCUGAAUCUCAACUUUCAUUUCUCUUACACAAACAAACACAAUAUAAGUGCAAAGACGGUUACAGAACAGAAGCGGGUCAAACAUCAGGAUUUAUAACCUGUCUCCGCAGCGGAUGGUCAGAGCAACCCAAAUGCAUUAAAUCUUGUGCUAUGCCAGUAUUUAUGAAUGCCAGAGCCAAAAGUGGUGGCCCGUGGUUCAAGGUCAAUGACAGGUUGACCUAUGAAUGCCAGGAUGGAUAUAAAAAUCAAGAAGGACAAACCACAGGCUUCAUAGUGUGUGGUGACAGUGGUUGGUCUGGUACCCCCUCCUGUCAGGAGAAAGAAUGCACCAUUCCAGAUAUAGAGGAUAACUUAAUUGUUCAUCCCCGGAAAGAGAAGUAUGUUGUUGGAGACGUGUUGAAAUUUUCAUGCAGACCUAGACUUAAACUUCUUGGACCAGAUUCGGUUCAGUGCUACCACUUUGGAUGGUCCCCUAACCUUCCAACAUGUAAAGAUGAAGUAAAACCGUGUGAUCUACGUCCUGAACUCCUCAAUGGGAAAGCUACAGACACACCGAAAAGUGAAUACGAACAUGGUGAAGUUGUGGAGUAUGUGUGCAACCCCCGGUAUCUGAUCAAGGGCUCUAGGAAAAUCCAGUGUGUCGAUGGAGAAUGGACAGCCUUGCCUAUGUGUGUUGAGGAGAACAGUACAUGUGAGGCUGUACCUGUCCUUGAUCACGGCUAUGUCGCGUCCGAAGCACCUGCUCCCUUUCACCAUGGACAGUCAGUAGAGGUCAAUUGCAACGAAGCAUUCACACUGGUUGGUCCUAGUUCAAUGACGUGUAUCAGGGGAGUGUGGACCCGACCACCUCAGUGCAUUGACACAAAUGAAGUUAAACAGUGUAAAUUAACAAAGUCCAUGGCACGUGAGACAAACCUGCCAGAGAAGAAUGUCUAUGACCAUAAUGAGAGAGUUAACUACAUUUGUGGAAGGAAGUCAGAGAAGAAACACUCAACCUGCACCAACGGAAGAUGGGACCCGGAAGUGACCUGCACAGAAGUACCAAGGUGUCCACCCCCACCUCAGAUUCCCGGAUCGCAAAGGGUGACAACUACAGUGAAUUAUCAAGAAGGAGAAAAGAUCGCUGUUCUCUGUCAAGAAAGUUUUCUGAUUCAGGGAGGAGAAGAAAUGGUGUGCAGGAAUGGGACUUGGCAGUCAGUCCCACGCUGUGUCGAAAAAACUCCAUGUUCUCAAGCACCUAACAUAGAACAUGGACACCUCAAUUCAUCUCGAUCAGAAGAAGAAGGAGAAGAAACACGGGAGCCCGGGCGAUAUGCACACGGCACCACCUUGCGUUACGUCUGUGAAGAUGGUUUCAGGAUACCUGGGAACGACAAGAUAACGUGCCACCUGGGACAGUGGAGUGCCCCUCCGCAGUGUGAGGGACUCCCUUGUGGAACACCACCUCGGAUUUCCAAUGCUGUCUUACUUAACACAGGAGACCAUUAUCAAUAUGGAGAUACAGUUACAUACAAAUGUCUCGAAGGAUUUUCAACUCAUGGACCUGCAUCUGUAGAAUGUUUAGGAAGACAGUGGUCUCACCCACCAGAAUGCACAAAAACCACUUGUUCUGACCCACCUCGCUUUCGUAAUGCCAAACUCACACACCAGACAAAGACAUUGUAUCAGCCUGGAGACAAAGUAGCUUACAGGUGUGAAGACGAUUAUGAAAUGGACGGAUCUAGUUCAGUGGAGUGUAGGGACGGCAGGUGGAUAGGGGAACCACUGUGCAGAGAUGUUUCCUGUGGCAGUCCCCCCACAGUGGAGAAUGCCUUCAUACAGAACCAGAAGACUCGGUAUCGCUCUGGGGACACCGUACGCUAUGAAUGCAGGAAAGCUCUGCACCCGUUUGGGAAUGUAGAAGUGACAUGUUUAAGUGGGAACUGGACAGAACCACCUCAGUGCAAAGAUUCCAAAGGGCAAUGUGGGCCCCCUCCAUCGAUUGACAAUGGAGACACUACCACAUUUCCAUCCAAAGUCUAUGCUCCAGGAUCUUCGGUGGAGUACCGGUGCCAGUCCUACUAUGAACUGCAGGGAGACAGGACAAUAACAUGUCGGGAUGGAGAGUGGUCAGAACCACCAAAAUGCUUAGAGCCCUGUGUAUUAUCCGAAGAAAUCAUGGAAAAACACAACAUACAGUUACAGUGGUCAUACGAGAAAAAAAUUUAUUCUAAAACAAAUGAUGUUGUUGAAUUUAGGUGCCGACGUGGAUACCGUAAGGCGACACCAGAAACUAAAUUUCGAGUACAGUGUCGGGAAGGGGUACUGGCUUAUCCCACUUGUGUAAAACGGUAGUUACGUUGCAGUCUUAAGCUUAACGUGUGCACAUUCAUUCUGAAUCAUUUAUUAUUAAUCCAAUUCUUCACAAUUUAAUUUUUUCAAAUAUGAUUUAACUCAUUUUUAUGUAUAAAAAAAAUGUGUGUUCAAUAUCAUGAGAAAGAUGUCAUUAUAACCUGAGAGAAGAAGGAAUCACUUCUUUAAAGCAUCAGAUUAAAAUAUGACCAAACAAAACGCUCUCUGUUCUGUUCAUGGGACGUCUAUGGUAGAAAGUAGAUGCCAUCUCUU